AUGGUUAAUACACGUGCCGACAACGAAUUGGUGCAGCAAAUAGAAGCCCAAAGGCUGCUUAUUGAAGAACAGCGCCAAAAACUUGACCAAAAACGGCAAGAAUUCGAGCGUCGUAUGCAAGAAUGGCAACAGCAAACAGCGCAAAAUAGGUUUCCAGAAAUUCAAGUACCAAGAAUGGUUCCGUCCACAACUGAGCGAGCCGUCCUGAGGUUACCUGAGUUUACUCCCAACGACCCCGAGUACUUUUUCGCCUACUUGGCAGAAGUCCGGGAUGUUGUCAUGAAUCCGCCUGCAGAAAAUUCUUACGAAGUGCUGAAAAGCGAACUCAUCAAGAGACUUUCCCAAUCGCAAGAACAGAAGACCAGCAAGCUCCUAGAGCACGAGAGUAUUGGUGACCGGAAACCGUCGCAGUUCCUCCGACACCUGCGUUCGUUAGCCGGAAGUAUAGUAGGAGACGCUGUUUUACGCACAAUCUGGCUAAGUCGAUUACCACCGCAUCUCCAACCACACCUAGUGACAAAAUCAGACAGCACAUUAGAUCAACUGGCUGACAUGGCAGACACCAUAGUGGAAGCAACAAGGAUAUAUAGGCCCCAGGUAGCAGAGGCAUCUUCAAACGAUACGAAUUUGGAAAUUCGACUUGCGCAACUUCAACUGGCUAUCCAACAACAAGUGACGGAGCAAAUAACCGCAUUACGCCAACAAAUAGAAACAAUUUCUACCCAGCCGCAAAUGCGCGACCGCCACAUCGAGAUCAUCCCGAAAAUGGUAUGUGUUGGUACCACUGGAAGUUUGGACCCCAGGCCAGAAAAUGUAGACUUCCCUGCUCCAAAAAUCAGACGGGAAACGAAGCGACAGGUUGCUAGUGGCGGCAUGCGACCCGAGAACAUCACCACGCCGCCUAUUCGUCAAAGAUAUAACGUCUCGUUACAUGCAAGAUCGGGGUACGAGUUAUCGGCAUCCAACGGGACACCAAUUGCAACUUACGGGACGAUCAACCUCAACCUGAAUCUAGGUCUACGCCGCAAUUUUCCAUGGUCGUUCGUAAUCGCAGACGUUUUGAAGCCUAUAAUUGGAGCCGAUUUUUUGUCUCACUUUGGCUUACUGGUCGAUCUCCGAAAUGGCAAGUUACACGACCAACUUACCAACUUAACAACAAAAGGACAACUGACAGGCUGCAAUACCCCGAGUGUGAAAACAGUAGUUCACCACAUUACCACCACCGCCGGACCCCCUGUAUUUCAUCGACCUAGACGUCUAGACCCUGCAAGGCUGAUGACAGCAAAAAAGGAAUUCGAGGCAAUGUUGGAGCUCGGCAUCGCACGUCCGUCAAAGAGUCCGUGGUCGUCGCCAUUGCACAUGGUACCUAAAAAGGACAAUUGUUGGAGAUCCUGCGGAGACUACCGUGGUUUAAAUGCUCGAACUAUACCAGACCGAUAUCCGAUAAAACAUAUUCAAGACUUUGCGCAUACGCUGCACGGCAAGAAGAUCUUUAGCACGAUAGAUUUGGUUCGUGCCUACAACCAAAUACCGGUCGCAGAGAAGGACAUACCAAAAACUUCGAUAACCACGUCGUUUGGACUAUUCGAGUUCAAAUAUAUGACGUUUGGGCUUCGUAACGCCGCCGCAACUUUUCAACGGUUUAUCGACAAUGUAUUGCGUGGAUUAGACUUCUGCUACGCAUACAUUGACGAUAUCCUAGUGGCGUCCGCAACCGAAGAAGAACACUAUGACCAUCUGAAAACUCUCUUCGGUCGCCUACAACACCACGGAGUCGUGAUCAACCAGGCGAAGUGCGUAUUCGGCAAACCAGAGGUGCAGUUCCUAGGAUACCAACUAACGGGUAACGGAGCUGAACCAUUACCGGAAAAAGUCGAGACGAUACGGAAGUACCCGAAGCCGGAGAACGCCAAGCAGCUGCGGCAAUUUCUCGGUAUGUUAAAUUUUUACCUCCAGUUUUUGCCAAACGCCGCAGAUAAGCAAGCUCCCCUGACCAGCCUCUUGCACGAUGGAGUAAAAGGGAAAGCGCCAAUAGAGUGGACACCGGCUGCACUAGAGGCAUUCGUCGCUUGCAAGAAUAGCCUCGCUGAAGCUACCCUUCUGGCCCACCCAAAACUGGACGCAACCCUAGCACUCAUCUGCGACGCCUCCAAUACAGCUGUUGGAGCUGCCCUGCACCAGCGUGUCGACAAUGAUUGGGAACCGCUAGGUUUCUUUUCAAAGAAGUUAAGCCCAGCCGAGUGCAAAUGA